AGCCCCGGGGAGGCCGCGGUGACAGCCCCGUCUCGGUGUCCCCUCUCUCCUAGGCCGAGGGAAGAGCCCGGUCCCGGCCGCGGUGCCGGCUGCCCAGCCGUGAAGUGUCCGCCGCCCCGGUUCGACCCCCGGUUCGACCCCCGGUUCGGGCCCCGGUUCGGCCCCGGUUGCCGCGGGAGAUGCGGCCCCCGCCGUGACUGCUCCCUGCCCUCCGCAAGGAGCGGGGAGAGAGCUGCGUCUGGCACCGGCUGCCCAGCGACCCCUCCGGCCUCGUCCAGGCCCGGCGCCGUUUGGUUUUUGUCCCUCCAGCUUUUAAAGAAACCGGUGACUUUGCGGCGGUGCCGUCACCCCCGGGGGGGGGGAACAAACAGCUUGAUGUGUGCAGCCUCCGCUCGGCCUCUUUUUUCUGCUUCUUUCCUCUCCCCACGUGAAAUCCAGGCGCGUUGGCAUGAGCGGGGGCAGAGCCCGGUGUGGCAGGGACGCUUAGCAUCAUGCUGGCUGGGGAUGGGUCAGCUCUGCCUGCCCCUCCUGCUGCGUGCUCAGGAGCUUGUCAGGAAGCUCUUCCUUGGCUCUGGCCUCUGAGCUGUGCCCUGGCUGGAACAGGCAGCCCAGCCUGGACUUUUUGAGUUUGAACUUCUGCGUUAAACCCGGCCAGUGAGCCCAGAAUCCUGCCAGUGCCCUUUGCAAGGCAGCCACUAGGUCCUGUCUGAACUGUGACCUCCAGAGAUGGGCACACGCGUCUUCACCUUCUCCUAUCCAGAAGACACUCCCCAUGGAAGACUUUCUGGGGAGAGCUUUUGACACCAGCCCUUUCACAAGUGGAGCUGAAAAAGGAGUUCUUCGAAGUUCCUGGAGUUAGGAGCCCCUGAAGGGACAGGAUGGCUGUGAGCUUGGAUGAUGAUGUUCCCCUCAUCCUCACCCUGGAUGAAGGAGGAAGUGGCUCCUCGGCCCCCCUUGGUGACCUGGAUCGGGAGGAGCUGCCUGAUGAAAAUGGAGGUAGCUAUGAUGUUAUUAAUGAUGCAUCCAGCCCUGCUGCGGGGGACUGCUGUGCACAGCAAAGCUCUGCCCGGCACAACUGGGAAAUGAACUACCAAGAGGCAGCAAUCUACCUCCAGGAAGGAGAAAAUAAUGAUAAGUUCUUCACUCACCCCAAAAAUGCCAAAGCACUUGCUGCCUACCUCUUUGUACACAAUCACCUUUUCUACCUGAUGGAGCUGAGCACAGCUCUGCUGCUCCUGUUGCUGUCCCUCUGCGAGGCACCAGCCGUCCCCAUGCUCCGCCUGGGCAUCUUUGUCCAUGCAACCCUGGAGCUCUUUGCGUUAAUUGUGGUAGUCUUUGAACUCUCCAUGAAGAUGAGGUGGCUGGGCUUCCAAACCUUUAUCAGGCACAAAAGGACUAUGGUGAAGACUUGUGUGCUGUUUGUGCAGUUCAUAGAGGCCAUCGUGGUGCUGGUGCGCCAGACCUCGCACGUCCGGAUCACCAGAGCUCUGCGCUGCAUCUUCCUGGUGGACUGUCGGUACUGCGGGGCUGUCAGGAGAAAUCUGCGACAGAUCUUCCAGUCCCUCCCACCAUUUAUUGACAUUCUUCUCCUCCUGCUUUUCUUCAUGGUGAUUUUUGCCAUCCUAGGUUUUUACUUGUUUUCUCCUAACCACUCGGAUCCGUACUUCAACACUUUAGAGAACAGCCUCGUGAAUCUCUUCGUCCUACUGACCACUUCCAAUUUUCCUGAUGUGAUGAUGCCAUCUUAUGCCCGAAACCCCUGGUCCUGUGUCUUCUUCAUAGUGUAUCUCUCCAUUGAGCUGUAUUUCAUCAUGAACUUGCUUCUCGCUGUCGUGUUCGACACUUUCAACGACAUUGAGAAGAGGAAGUUCAAGUCCUUGCUGCUGCACAAGCGCACGGCCAUCCAGCACGCCUACCACCUGCUGGUCACCAAGCAGAGGCCGUCUGGAAUUUCCUUCAAGCACUUGGAAGGGCUGCUGCGGUUCUACCGGCCUCGGAUGGGUGCCAGGGAGCACUAUCUCACUUUCAAAGCACUGAAUCAAAGCAAUACUCCUUUGCUCAGUCUGAAGGAUUUUUACAAUUUCUAUGAAGUUGUUGGCUUGAAAUGGAAGGCAAAACGGAAUCGUGAGCACUGGUUUGAUGACCUUCCCCGGACAGCAUUCCUUAUUUUUAAAGGCAUCAACAUCCUUGUGAAGUCCCGUGCGUUCCAGUACACCAUGUAUACUGUGGUGGCUGUGAAUGGAAUUUGGAUUCUUGUUGAAACCUUCAUGCUGCAAGGAGGGAAUUUCUUCUCCAGAAAUGUCCCGUGGAGCUACAUAGUCUUCCUCACAAUCUACGGCGUGGAGCUGCUCCUGAAGACCACUGGGCUGGGGCCUGUUGAGUACCUGUCCUCAGGCUGGAAUCUAUUUGACUUCUCAGUCACCCUGUUUGCAUUUCUGGGGCUCAUGGCACUGGCAUUCAACAUGGAGCCCUUUUACUUCAUCGUGGUCCUGCGGCCCCUCCAGCUGCUGAGGCUAUUUAAGUUGAAGAAACGUUACAGAAACGUCCUGGACACUAUGUUUGAGUUGUUCCCCAGGAUGGCAAGCCUGGGUUUAACCCUGCUGAUCUUCUACUAUUGCUUUGCCAUCGUUGGCAUGGAGUUCUUUGCUGGCGUGGUCUACCCAAACUGCUGCAACACAAGCACGGUCGCAGAUUCCUACCGCUUCCUGAAUCACACGGUUGGCAACAAGACGGUUGUGGAAGAAGGUUAUUACUAUCUCAACAACUUUGACAACAUUCUGAACAGCUUUGUGACACUGUUUGAGCUGACAGUCGUCAAUGACUGGUACAUCAUCAUGGAAGGGGUGACAUCCCAAACCACUCACUGGAGCCGUCUUUACUUCAUGAUCUUCUACAUUGUGACCAUGGUGGUGAUGACAAUCAUUGUGGCUUUUAUUCUGGAUGCUUUUGUCUUCCGGAUGAACUACACUCGGAAGAACCAGGAUUCAGAAGAAGACAAUGGCAUUGUGCUGGAGAAGGAGAUCUCCAAGGAGGAAGUCGUUGGCAUCAUUGAGCUCUACAAGCGGAGCUCGGCUGCCGUCGACACGUCUCAGCUGCAGAAGAUCGUGCUGCAGAUGGACAAAUAUGGGCAAAUGUCAACAGUGUUUCUGGGACGCAGAUCAAGGACCAAGAGUGAUUUGAGUAUGAAGAUGUAUGAGGAGGAGAUCCAGGAAUGGUAUGAGGAGCAUUCCAGAAAAGAGGAAGCCCAGACACCAUUGCAAGAGCCUGCAGCUGCUUCCAACAGCUCUCUGAAGCCCCUGAGCCUCCGACAGCGCUCCCAGACUGUCAUUUAGGCCCAGCUAACACAGCCAAACCUUCUAUGCAAUAACCUAGAGUAUAACUUCCCAGCUGCGUCUUGGGAUGGCGUGUGUAGAGAUCAGUGCACUGUUCAGCUUUAGGGUUUAAACCUUCUCCCCUAGGCAGUGAAUUGCUGACAACCCAGAGGCCCAGGGGACUGGGUAGGGCUGCUACAAACAGGCUGAGCAUGAUGCCCGUGCUCUGCACGGAGACCUUCCUGGGAACCCCUUCCCAGGCUGAAGCCUGCUCUUUGUCUCACCACUAACAGACCCUGGGGAAAGGGAGGUGUCAUCCAUUAGCAGCAGGAAAUGUGCUGAAGCCACCUGCUUGGUAUGAAAACUUUUCCCCUUUUUGAAGAUCUCUCUUGCUUAAAGGGUACCAUUCACCUCGGAAGAAAAGAUCAGGGAGUGAGUUUUUGUUUCUUCCCCACCUCCCUUAUGCAAAGAAAAGGGAGGUGGUGUGAAAUUUCAGCACUUUUGGAAGAGCAGUCUGCCUUUCCCCUCCUUUUUGGCACACCCAGAUGCACUCCCUGCAGUAGAUCCAGCUCUAAUUAUGGACUUUAGCUAUUCCUGAGCAGUUCUGUGGCAGCUGGAGACAGAACUAAGGGCCAGCAUCUCAUCAUCAUUAGAUCAUAGGUGGGACAGGAGUCUGAGGAGAUGACCUGUGUCUCUGCUGUCCAACGUUGGGACUGGGAUUGUCUCUGUAAACUCCAAAGCUCCUGUCCCCCUUCAGUGAGAGGGAGACUCUGCAGGGUGACAGUGGCUGUUGACCUCUGCCACCUGCUCUGAAAAUGUCAAAUCUCUGUCCUUAGCUCAGACAGAGGACUAGGAAGAAGAAAUAGAAGGUUUUGCAGCUCCAAGUAUCACUUAUUUCUGCCUGGCUCUGAGUUAAGGAGAGCUUAUGGGCAUCAAACAGUGCUGCUGGUUAGUCCUUAACCAGGGCAGUUUGUUCAGACAGGUGAGUCCCAGUGCACAAUGUGGCUCUCCCUUGCUCACACCUGUGCAGGUAUCUUCCUCAGGCUGGCAAAUGCUGAGUCAGAUCUUAAAGAGGAUCCACUGAAGAGCUUUACUGUUCCCCUGAACUUUGGAUGCAGGAGGGACGCGGAAGAUGAUGAUUCUUCUCACCCAUCCACUUUUCUGCAGCUGCCAGGGAGGCUGCUAGACCUGGUAGCUGGGGGAUGGAAAGGAAGGGGAAAAGGGAUCCCUUCCCAGCUCUGCCACGUGUAUUCUCUCAUCAGGGUAGGUUGUGCCAUUGCAUGUGUUUCAUUGCCCACAACGUGAUGAGAACCUGUCUCUGUAAGUCCCCUUUUUUCCCCCCUGUCAGCACAGAAGGUGCUGAGGGCUAGAAGUACCAGCCAGCUGGGAGGCUCCCCUCACCUCUUGCUGUUGGAUCUUCUCUCAGGUUCAGACUAAGAGCAGAGCUUGCUGGAGAGGCCUUCUCUUUUCUCCAGCUAGAUCAGGCAGUGGGAGACCUGUGUGCCCAUUCCCUCUGUCCCACAUACCUGGUUUUGCCUUGGUAGCCUCACUACAUGACACAAGGACAGUGGGAAAGGACUGAUCCUACCUGGGGCAGCUCAGGGGAUUUUCCUGGAUGGAUGAGACUUUCAGAAGUAGACAAGACAGAGCUGCUGCUGAAAAUCUCUCCUUAGAGAGCCUGCUGGGAUGGAAAGAGUGGAUGAGCAGCUUUCGGAGCAGCAAACACACCAGCCUCUGCUCCUGCCAAAUUCCCUGGCUGCCUCAGGGCUACUCUUUGUUUCCUUUCAGGGUACUGCAGGUGUGAAACUCCUUCUGAGCUCUAACCGUGAAGGACCUUAAAGGGCUGUUUUCCAAACCAUAAAUUCGACCACAAAUUAAUGAGCAGUGUGGUUGUUGCUCCUGCAGUGGCUCUGCAUGGAGCUGCAGCCUGGGAGAUUCAUCCAGAUUAGUCCUGGGGCUGGAAGAGAUGAUGUUUAUUCAGUUUUAAGUCGUGGGCAGGAUGAAUGAGCAUUUUGAAGGUUAGAGGGGGAAAAAAAUGUGGCUGUGUUUAAACUCCACGUUCCCCCAUGGCCUAUUGCUCCUUGCAGGGCUGUCAGUGACUUUUUUUGGGGUGUUUUCUAGGUGUGAAAGGAGCUGCAGCUUUCAGCUGUAUCAAGGGGGGCACCAACCUGCUUAACAUGCAAUAAUGGGGCCCUCCUGUCACAGAGACUGGAAUGCUUGGGCUGGGGUGCAGGGCUCAGGUGCUGCUUCCAUGGCUCCUGAGGUGUUGAUCUGCCCCCCCCCAUGUUCACACUGUCUUACUUAUUUUUGUAAACCAAGGAAGGUUGCAGAAGUUUACUUCUUCCAGAUGACUUUGGAAGGAAACAAAGUUUGGAGUACGGGGCAUCCCCUUGUAUUUAUCCUCCUCCUCUCCCCCCCCACCUGACACACAGACUUAAGAAGAGAGACAAUCAUUUUGUAGGGAGCAAGGGAGGAAGCACUGCAGGAUUUUGUAUGCUGGCAUUUUGUUUAUCAAACAAUUUUAUGGACAAGUCUGUAAAACGUUCUCUAGGUUGUUUGUUCUGUUUGUGUUUUGUUUUCAAGCACACUAAUAAAAAGCAUCCUGGGCUUUGUAAAGGCA